AUGACGAUUUCUUUUUCAUAUAUAUUUACAAUUAAAAACCAUUUUGACAUUCAGUAAAAUAUUAAGAAGUUUAUAAUGGCGGUUGGUGGCAAAGACAGUGAUUGCAUUGAAUUUAUACGUGAUUUAAGACAAAAUUUGCCAUUAAUACAUGUACCAGGAAAAGAUGAGGAAUUAAGAAUUGUAUUAGUUGGUAAGAUUGGAGUCGGGAAGAGCUCUACAGGAAACAUGAUUCUCGGCUAUAACGGAUUUAAGGCAAAACGAAAAUCUAAAUCGGUGACAAAAAAUACGAAGUCAAAUCGAACAACAAUAAGCAAUAGAUCAAUAUUAGUUAUUGAUACUCCAGGUUUGUAUGCCACUACAAAAGAGAACAAUCGUCAGAAUGUACGGGAUGAAAUUAAAACCUGUACACAAAUAGGAGCUCCUGGAAUUCAUGCAAUUAUUUUUGUCUUGUCAGCUGCAACACGAUUCACUGAGGAAGACAAAAAUUGUUUUCAAAAUUUUUUUGAAAUAUUUGGGGAAAAAUUUUACCAGUACGCUGUUGUAGUUUUCACAGGCGCUGAUAUUUUGAAAGAAGAAAAAACAACUUUGAAAAAAUAUAUUGGUUCCGACACUAUUUUAAAAUCAUUUCUACAACAAUGUGGUGAUAGAGUAGUAGCGUUUGAUAAUAAGAAUCCCUCCCCUCUGGAAAAAGAAGGACAAAGGAAUCAUUUAGUAUCCAUUGUCCUCCAAAUUAACGAAUCCCUUAAGAAAUAUUACACGAAUAAGAACUUUGAAGACGCUGAGAGGAGACUUCGUGAAGACGCUGAGAGGAGACUUCGUGAAGACGCUGAGAGGAGACUUCGUGAAGACGUUGAGAGGAGACAUCGUGAAGACAUUGAGAGGAGACUUCGUGAAGACGCUGAGUGGAAACUUCUUGAGAUGGAAGCAAGGCAAACAGAUCAAAUUGAAGACAUACAUAAUCUAUAUGAAGAACAAAACGCUUUAGAAAUGGUCGAACUUGAUAUGAUGUAUCAUGAAAAUAUAAUAGGACUGAGAGACAAAAUUAGACAAGAGAUCGAAGAAGAAAACAAACAGAAAAAAAUAUCUAAUUUAAUAGAAAUGAGAGACAAAAUUAGACAAGAGAUAGAAGAAGAAAACAAGCAGGAAAAAAUAUCUAAAAAAACUGAACGAUGCACUGUUAUGUAGAGGAUUAUGCCUUACCACAACACAGUUUCCCGAAAAGAAGAAUUUUAAUUAUGUUUCAUCCUUGUAUAGUUUAUUACACGAAUGUAUUAAAAACAAUGGCGGGAUUUGUGAUUCAUUGUGUCUGGAGGACUUGCAUUGAAAAUACUGAACGUUGAACUUGUAACAACUCUUCGUGAUAGCAUGUUUCUGAUUAAAAUAAAAUCUCAUAACAAAUUUAAAUGGAAUCAUGACCUUAAAUAUUAAUGGACGCUCGUUAAUGAGAUCGUACUGUGUGUUUAACUGUUUGAUAGCUCAUAUUUAAGACAUAGUUACAUUUGUAUAAAGCAUCAUUGGAUUUUGUAAUCAAAACAUCAUACUGUAUACCUUUUUAAUUUUUUAUAGACACCAAGUAGACUGUAGACGUAGCAUUUAUACAUGUAUAUCAACUUAAUUUACCAAAGUAAAAUGAAAGACAAAACUUUCAGUGCAAAUAGGUUGUAAUAACCAGUUUAAUUCUCCUUUCUUAAAGAGGUAAUAAAAAGGAACCUACAUGUUUGAAAAAUUUUAAAGUUCGAAAUAAUCGUUGAAAAACGCAAAAAACUUGAUAAAAUUUAAUCUUAUAAAUAAAGAGAUAUUUGCAAAAUACUGUCGGUUCGCCAUUUGCACACCUGAAAGAUUUAGUAAAACACGCCACUAACAUCCUCUAAUCCUACCCAACGGAAGUGACGUACAGUGGGUCACCCUGAUCAAAUACGUGUAUUAUAUCGUAUGUACACAGAUCAGCUCGGAAAGUAAAAUAACAGUUUAAAUAUAUAUCGGUGACAAAUACCAACCGAAUCUACAUUGAAAAUAUUGAUAUACAUUUAUCGAGGCUUGAUAUUAAAUCGCAAAUAUUUUAAUCAAAUGUUUAUUAAAAGUAUUGAAAAAACUUCCAAGAGCACAAAUCAACCUUUUUUUCUAUUAAAUAUUUACAUGUGCAUCCAAGAGUGACAAAAUAGUUAUUAAUCAGUUUAUUGAUGGUGACCGCGUAUUGGUAGAAGCAGAAGUAGAACCGUGCAUGUGAAGUUCCAUGGCGGAAAAACGGCUUUUAAAAUAGGACACUCCCAACACGUGCUUCCAAAAGACGACGGAGGUCGUAACUUGUUGAUUUGUUGUUAAAUAAAACUAUGUGGGUUUUUCUGGGCUACAAAAAAAAAAAAAAAAUGUUCUUACUUACUUACCGACGGACUUUAGUUACAGCAGCAUUUCAAAAUUAUAUAAGUUUUUUCUCCAGAUAAUGUGAAGAAUUGCGUACUGUCAGUCACAGUAAUCUGCUUGACUGGUUUAGAAACCUGAAUAUGUAUUGAUAAAGCUAUUUUCUUGAAAAUGAAAUACUGGAUAUACUUGUAAUUAACCUAUACAACAAAAACCACUGAAAUAAAAUCUUUAGAAAAAGGGGUGUGCAUUCCCAAACUACUUGAGUCCUAAAUCAUAAAUGUUAUGAUCACAACAAAUAGGUUUUUUUUAUUAAUAAAAAAAUUAUGACACACUGUCUUUAAGAUUUUGAAAUAUUGGCCUUUUCUUUCAUUUGAAAUUUUAAGGAAUAACAAUUAAAUAACCAAACAAAACAAAUAUAAAUCCUCUCGGUCACCUUUUGAUCCUGCAGGCCAUGGUAAUUUAAACAGUCCGCACUUUGACACCUGUUGAUAAGUAUACUUCCUGUAAGGUAAUAAAGAUCAAACAGGAUUCUAUCCCUCCACUCAGGUAAUUGGCAACUUGGACAUGCUGAAAUGCCACCUGUUGUUUAUAAAUGAACUCUAUAGAUUGAUAAUUAACAUUAUUAAAUAGGUAUUGUGAAUACCCGGUUUUUAACUUGCAAUUUUUAUUACACGGAAAAGAAGCCCUACCGUCAUAUCUUGUCAAGAUGUUAUGCAACUUCACGUUCAUGUAUUAAACAUAUUUAUCCUCGACUCAAUAUUUUUUUAUUAAUAGCUAGAAUGUAAUAUAUUGACCGUUAAUUUUACUUUUCUUACGAUCAGGAACAUUUUUUAAGUUGAACACUAAAUGUUGAAUUACCCCAACCCCAUCCCCCCUUUUUCUAUGAAUACACAUUUCUAAUACACUUCCCUUGUGAAACAUAUAUUUUUUCCAUUUGACAAAUUGGUCAUAAUAAAGAAUGAGCUUUGAAGGGGUGGCGAAAUGCAUUGGCUGUGCAUUAAACAACGUUUAGAUAAGCCGAAGAAGAGACCCACUGUGCGUCACUUCCGGUGGAUUUGUUUUUCGGGCUGUUUCCGGAAGUAGCGUUGAUUGGUUUUUCCUUAGGUAAAAAUAGUUGAACUUUACAUGCAAUUAUCUCUGUAAUAAGUGGACCAAAUUGCAUCGGGUGUUUUGCAUAUUUGAUCAAUUAUUUCGACCUUUUAGAUAAGAAUUACUUGUAAUAAGUGUUUUAGUACCUCUUAAAAGUUCUGGAGUAGUUUCUGAUACUAUCCAUUAAGUAAUAAAACUGAUAGUAGAUUCCAACAAAAUACUGAGCAUGUGAAUUUGAUUAUUAUGGUUUUUUUUACCACAUUCAUAUUGUCAACUGAUUUAAAACAUCUAGUAAUGUUCAAAGAAGUAAGUAUACUAUUUUCAUCAAGUUCAAAUGCUUUAUUCGAUUAGUCAGGGAUUCAUUUUUGAAAUCUUAAAUCAAUUUCAUUUUCAUUUAAAAACGUUGUGCUGCGUUAUUUUUUUUAAUUUUUUUUUUAAUUUGAUGGAUGUUCAGGGACAAAUAUCGUUUCAUGUAAGAAAGUUUUAGGGAGUUGUUUUUACAACAUAUCACAGGCACUUGUCUCUGAAAAUAAUUUACCUAUAUACUCUUAUAUACUAAGUAACACAAGGUACUUAACUCACAUAUUUGAGAAAUGUCAGCGCUCGCGAACUUCCGUUAUAUUUCGACUCUUCGGUUGUUUAUCCAACUGAAACUUGUUAUGUCUUAAAUCUAUAUCAAAUUAUCUACACCGUGAAUGGUGUAUAACACGCCUAUUUCUAUUGUCGGAAUCAUUCGUAGCAGGCCUACAAAGUAUGUCGUCUGUAAUUAUUUCGUCUUCUCAUAGCCGAUUGGAAAUGUACAGCUUGCUCAGAGACAAGUGCCUGUGAAUAUAUUGUUAAUUUAAGUCAUAUGUUUACUGACCAUGUGCUUACUUGGAAACAGAACUGAUGACAAAUAUCUGUAUAUGACAGUCGGAUGACUGGUUGGAAAUUCGAUCGGAAAUCAGCUUGAAAAUCAGUUUGAUUUCCGAACCAUUUUCACGAAAAUCAGAAUUAAAUAAUGAAAGGAGAAACAAACACUAGAAUAUGCAUGCUAGUUUCUGUACACAGAUAUACGUAUUUUUUUUAAAGUAGAUCAUCGGUAUAUAUUUCCUCAGAUAGAAUUUUCAUAAACUUUGCCAAAAUGAAGAUUUUACUAUGCUUUUCAAAAAUAUAAUAAAAAGUAUGGGUCACCGUGGUAUUUUUCAAGCUACAAGUCGUGCGAAAUUGCACAAAUUUGUAUAGAUUGUUCACGAAAAAAAAACAUUAUUGUGAAUAAAAAGAAAUCUAUGAGAUAGAACUUUGAAAUAAAAUAUGAGAAGAUAGAUUUUAUAAUAUGCUUUUGAAAAUAAAAAUAAAAAAUGGUGUCACCGAACUUGUUUUCUUGCUAAAAGUAAAAAAUGAAAAUUUCACCGUCAUAAGACAUAAGAAAUAAGACACUAAAGCCCCCACAUAGGUUAUAUUAAUAGUACAACAUUUUAACAAACAAUAAAAGUGUGAACAUAUUUACAUUAGAACAACAUGGUAAACAAUGGUGCAAUAAUAGUAUACAUAAUGAAUACGAAUAUGUGACAGGAAGUACAAAUUAUAGUAACAUGAUUAAGCACAGUCAUGUAUUAAAAGGUUUUAAUAACAUUUUGCAAAAUUUUGCUAUUCGAGUAAGUGUAAAUAAAUCCGAUGUAUUCAUCAGUUUUUUUAAAUUUUUAAAUAUUUGGGUUAUUACAUAUAUUUAAAGGUAAAAAUUUAGCUCUUACCUUGUUGAAAAAGGUACAUUUGAAUAAGUAAUGAAACUCAUCACCAAGUUCAUUAGCAUUACAGAGUGUCAUUCCAGUAUAAAACUUUUACUAUAAGAGUUAUCUCCCCUUAAAUGGUUUACUUGAAAAAUUGAUUCUAAAAACACAAAUAUUUGGUAUUUGUUUAAAUAUGUUGGAUAAUGCAAUAAAUCGCUUUUUUUCUUUAUACAAAUAAACUGUCUUACACAUAAAUUGCAAAUCUGUUUCAAAAUUUGCAGAUUUGGGCAAAAACUGACCGAUUCAAUUAUGUACUGCUAUUGUACAAUUCAAGAUGGCGGUAUACAGUGAAUCUACUUUAACCUGGUAGUCGGAGAAACGAAAAAAAAAAACGGGUCACCUGAUUAAGUAUGUUGCGUUACCUUUUAUAAUUGAUAUUAAAAAUUAGACCAGUUUCACAUAAGCGACUUAUCAACCCUGAUCUCGAAAUCAUAUGCGCGUUUUAGUUUAAAUCCCGCGAUAAUUAACGAUAUCAUACGUGAUAGGGGGCUAUCCAAUUUACCCUUAUAUAUGGUAUUACAAUAAUAAAUACCGAUAAUACUCAUCUCCCUCUCUUGGUGUGUGCUGGAGGCAGGUAAACAGAUGAUACCAGUACACAGUAUGUUUGUCACGGCGAACGUAGUUAUUUAAGAAGUUGUCACUGACAUCAUAGAUAUAAUAGCUAUUUUAUCUUUGUCAAUUGCUGACAUUAAACAGUUGUAUAUUAACAUGUACUAGUAAAAUCCUUGUUAUGUGAAAAGUAUCUGUUUACUUAUUCUAAUUAAUAAUGAAUUUUCAAUAAGAUAACUUUAUCAGUAAUUGAAUAUCCUGCUUUACCAUAAAAUAAGGUCAAAUUGCUGAAUGACCCCCUCCUAAAUUAUUGAAAUAUAUCUAGUUGCAUUAACCGUUAUAUCUCAGUGGAAAUUAGGUACAUGUAUCAUAUACAGAAACAGGGUUUACAUUUUUAACAUCUGUAUUAGGGGAUGACCAUUUGAUU